CCUCUUGUUUUCAGGAAAAGAACCUCUUCUCCUUCCAAGAGAUUUUUGUGGAGAUUCCAGUGGCUAGGAGUUGGUCACAGUUUUAUGUUUCUUCCGUUGCAUGUGCAUUUAUACUUGGAUGUAUAACAGUAUGUUUCGAGUGGUUGUGAACUUGUGAUAGUAUUAUUUAUUGUUCUAUCGAAAAAUACAAAAAUAUAAUUUAUUGUUAUUUAUUGUUGUACAUUAUAGGCUAUUGGGGAUGUAACCCUGAUUUGAUUUUCAUCGUAAGUUUUUUUUUUUUAGAAUCGGUAGCACGCUAGCUGCGUUUCAUCCUAAAUUAUUAUUUUAAUAAAAUAUUAAAUGAAUAAAAUGAAUAUAAUUCAAGUGAACAAAUGUAGCAGUGGAGACCAAUGUUUUUUACGCAUACGAAAAUGUAUAUGGUAUUAUUAUAUUACUGUAAAUUUCUUGCGACCAAAUCAACGUAUCUAAUUGCGAAUAGACUCGGUCGCACGAAACGAAAAAAGCUUCGAAGCCAAAGACCCUUUCUCCGAGAAACGGAGUUAGGGCUAGGGCUAGGGUUAGGGUUCCGAUCACCCCAUUCCCCGACCACAAUGCCCCUCCCUCUUCCCUCCCUCUCCCUCCUCCUCCUCCUCCUCCUCCUCCUCGUCCUCGUCCCUGCGUCCCUCUCCGCCGGUUCCGCCGCCGACGACGACGACGAUCCCUGCGCGGCCCCUGCGCUCUCCGACGGCGGUGGCGGCGCCUCGUGCCCCGUGACCUGCUUCCGCCCCGACCCGGUGUGCGGCGCCGACGGGGUCACGUACUGGUGCGGGUGCGCCGACGCGGCGUGCGCCGGCGCCCGCGUGGCCAAGCGGGGCUUCUGCGGCGUCGCGAGCGGCGGGAGCGGCCUCGUCGUCUCCGGCCAGGUCCUCCUCCUCGUCCACAUCGUCUGGCUCUUCCUCGUCGGCUUCGCCGUCCUCUUCGGCUUCCUCUGAUCCACCUCUCCCCCCCUUCUCGCCACGCCGCAUCGUUUUUACUCCUCCCCCUCUUAUCGAUCUCAUUCUUUUAUUGCAAAAGGAGCUAAUUUUAUUUAUUAGUGAGGAAUUUAUUGUUGUAUUAUAUUAUAUGCCGAGCGAGUCAGGAUUUGAUCGUGCUGUUCCUGUAGAUGUUAUCUCAAAUUUAUAAUUUUUUUUUGAAGUAAAUUGGUGGUAAAUAUAUCCUCCUCCUACGAAGGGAUGGAGCUUGAUGGCAUUCAUUCUA